AUGUUUCCUGCUGAGAACGUGAGCGUUUUCUCUUCUGCAGAUUUCUGUCCCAACUGCAGCUCCAGCACCCAGCCGGAGGUGGAUGUGAUCAAGGUGGUGGUUUUGGGCCUGGUGCUGGUGGUGUUCGCAGUGUUCGGGGUGCUCGGGAACAUCCUGGUCAUCCUGUCGGUGCUGUUCCACCACCACUGGCGCUCGGUGACCCACUACUUCAUCGCCAACCUGGCGGCGGCCGACCUGCUGCUGAGCUCGGCCGUCCUGCCCUUCUCCGCCACCUCGGAGGCCCUCGGCCGAUGGGUGUUCGGCCGCUCCUUCUGCGCCGUCUGGGCCGCCCUGGACGUGCUCUGCUGCACCGCCUCCAUCCUCAGCCUGUGUGUGAUCUCCAUCGACCGCUACCUGGCCGUCAGCUACCCUCUCCGCUACCCGGCUCUGGCCACAGGGCGGCGAGGCCUGACGGCGGUGGCGGCCCUCUGGGGACUCUCCGCAGCCAUCUCCGUGGGCCCCCUGUUCGGCUGGAAGGAGCCCGACCCGGAGGACGAGACGGUGUGCCGGAUCACGGAGGAGCCCGGCUACGCCUUGUUCUCAGCGUUGGGGUCUUUCUACAUCCCUCUGGCCAUCAUCCUGGCCAUGUACUGCCGGGUGUACACGGUGGUGAAGAGGGAGACAAACACCAUCAGGAAGGGCAGCAAGGGAGAAGGGGUCGAGACGGAGGGGGUGGUGCUGAGGAUUCACAGAGGACACGCCGUGCAGACGGAGAAGCCGGAGGAGGACGAGGAGAUCAAGAGGCAUAAACGCUGCGCCCUCUCCGUGCUGAGGCUGCUGAAGAUCACCCGAGAGGAGAAGGCGGCCAAGACUCUGGGCAUCGUGGUCGGGUGCUUCAUCCUGUGCUGGCUCCCGUUCUUCCUGGUUCUUCCCAUCGGCUCCAUCUUCCCGUCCUGUAAACCCUCUGAAACCAUCUUUAAAAUCACCUUCUGGCUGGGUUACCUCAACAGCUGCAUUAACCCCAUUAUCUACCCGUGCUUCAGCCAGGAGUUCAAGAAGGCCUUCCUCAACGUGCUCCGUGGCCGCUGCCUGAGAACCGCUUCGCCACCGGGUCACAUCACCACCCACUCCUCCAGCUCGGGCCCGGCGUCCAACACCUCCGACCCCUCGGCCCCGAGCAGCGGCUCUGCUUCCUCCUGGUGUUGCUGCACUUCCCUGUCACCCUCCUCACCGUCUGCAGGCGGUUCAGCUCCGGCUCGGACCUCACAGAUCCAGAAAAGGAGUCUGCUGAAGGCGUGGUGCUUCUCGGCGAGUCGAACUCCGGUACCGCAGACCAGAUCAGCGAAGGUCUUACAUCUUUCGCUCGGCGUUAAAGGAGAAGCUGUUUGA